GCUGUAAACAGGGUGGUUGAUUGAGAAUUUUUUUUAUCUUCAAGGUAUGAUUAUGUUUGGGCGGGACUGUUGACAGGCAACGCGACACUCCUUUGCUGUUUCAUACCUUUGCAGGGGAGUAGGCUGCACCUGCCGUUACAGUAGAGACUCAGCAAACAUUUUAGUAUCACAGCAGAGACAAAAACUAGUAGGAACCUUCAAAACAAGAGGCGAAAAAAAAAGAUGAAUGGCACUAGAAGACACCUUGUUACUCACCUGCUGACGUUCUCACUCCAGAACGGGGAUGUCCAGAGUGUGGAGGAGGCUCAGACGCGUCUCUCCUUCUUGGCUAAGAACAACAAGCUGUGGAGUCAAAAAAUGUUCCUGGAUGUUGAGAAGGAUUUCGUUCUCCUCCGAGACGUACAGAGUCAG